GUCAAAUUGUGCAACUGUCAACUCCAAUGCACCUGUCAUUUACACAACAAAUUCAAACGCAAUAGUUUCUUGAAAUGUACCCAAAAUAACUCUAAAAUGAGUUCAAUAUUAAAAUUUAUUCGUGAUAAUCACAUAUUGGCCAUAAUAGAAUCAGCAGUAGUGAAAAAAAAGUCAAGACUGAGCCUCAAUGCGUUCGAUAUCACAGAAAUUCCCAGCCUUUUGUAUACCUGUUACGAAGUCGAGCAUCUUUACCUACAUAGAAACAAAAUAACAACAAUAUCAGUAGAAUUAACACAGUUAUUAAAUUUAACAACGCUGACCCUUGAUUAUAACAACAUAAGUUCAUUGCCACCGGAGAUAGGGAGCUUGAAAAACCUCGUGAAUUUGAACUUGAGUUACAAUCCUUUACAAGUGUUGAUACCCGAGAUUGGUGAACUAGAGAACCUAGAGGCGUUCUGGUGCAACAGGAUAGGGCUCCGGGAGAUACCAAAAGAGAUUGGGAACCUCAGUAAGUUGGAUACCUUCGGGGCGCGAGGAAAUCAGCUCAAAACUAUACCAGAGGAAAUGACCAAACUGUCAAAGCUGAGAUGGCUGACCCUAGAGCACAAUGAGAUAGAAGCCCUACCGAACACCCUCGGAGGCCUAGAAGCGUUAGUUCACUGUAAUUUGAGGCACAACAACCUGAGGGAGUUCCCGAUGUCAGUGCUGCAGUGCGGUGAUCUCUUGUUUCUACAGCUUAAUAAUAACCAGAUAUCCAGCUUACCAGAGGACUUCGACAUAAAUUCCCUCCAAGUGUUAGAAAUGAUAGAUAUGAGGGACAACCCCAUCUGUGAGCUUGACCAUCCAAAACACAUGCUCAUCCGCUACGCGGACGUGUCAGUGCCCAGCUCGCUGAGCGAGAUAGCGUCAGCAUCAGGGUCGGGGCGCCACGCGGCCGCGCUGGCCGUCAACGCCACCGCGCUGCGCCUGCCCGCCGUGCCCGGCCCCCGGCGGCUCGAGAACCACGCCUUCAUGGCCGAAAUCGACCUGGACGCAUCCUCGGUAGACUCCUCCGAAGACUGGGAGAACAGCGUGAACAGCUCUGAGCUGGACGUGCAGUACCAGAGCGACGAGGAGCGCGCCGACAAUGAGAUUGCUCAAUUCUUCCAGGCCGUCGGCAUGGUGUUGCCAGAGUUGUCCCGCUACGCCUCCACUGCCAGUUAAGCUGGCAACACAAGAGGAAAAUCAUGGUUAGGGCGUGAUUUGGCCAGAGCUGUUCCGCUACUCACCCGCUAGUUAAGCAGGCAACACUGCGAGAGAAAAUGGUGAUUUUUUUUCAACAAAUUGUUCCAUUUGACAAUUAGCCUCAUGCAUGAAGUUUAUAUUUGAACGAAAUAUGUUUUAUUCGGAUGUUUGUUACCGUUAUAUCAUGUUACAAAUGCAUUUCCGUUUUUAAAUUACCAUUUAAUUACUUAAAAUUAUAAAUAAAAAGUACAAAAAUUUGCCCGCGAAAAGCUAGUGAGCGAAACGCUCGAAACGCCACGUGACGUCACGCGUUCGACAGAUUAGUGUCAUUAGUAGCAAACGUCAGUUGGGCCGCCCAACGUGUGACGUCAUCACGCUCUGUCGAAUUCGCGCCAAAAAUUAUGAGCGUUUCAACCGCUCAAAAAUUUUCAACAUUUUAAAUAUUUUUUAAUAAAAUAAUGUUAAGGUUUACAAAAGUAUUUUUAUCAUUUCCGGUGUUCUAACGAUAUAAAUUAUGAAUCCAAAAAUAAAAAUAAAUUCAUGCAUGGAGCUAAUUGCAACUUGAAAGUGUGAUUAUUCCUGUCUAGAAAAACUGUAAACAUUAAUGAAAAGACAAUUGCACCUACAGUGCUUAUGCUAAUGUCAUGUUGUUAUAAAAAAAACGGUCAAAUUGAUCCUUAUUUUUUUUAGGUCGGUUAAAAAUUGUAAAACAUUUCUAAAAGUUGUAGACUCCGUAUUUAAACAUCUUGAAGAUCUGACUGUACCAAAAAGCUUAUAAAAAUACUGAAUGUUAAACAGAAAAUUUAGCUAAGGAAGUUUAAGCUUGAAUUGCGGUAUUUGCGGUUCAUGUGUUCUGUUUCUGUCUUCAGGGUGAUUUCCUUCAACAUAUCUUUUUUAAAAAUCCAAUAAUUUUACGGGGAAAAGGGAAUCAUUCUGUAGAAAGAGCCAGAAGAGUGUGUAAGUGAAUCCCAGUCUCAAAAUAUAUACGACAACCUUCAGUGUUCUAUAAGCUUCUUAGGAUUUAUUGGCUAUUUCAGAGAUGUUUCAUGUGAAAUCACAUGAAAUUGUCCCGAUUUUUCUAAAGAUUUACAGUUAUACAAGUUUUUUUUUGUCACAAACUCACAAUGGAUGUGAAAAAUGCUUAGUGAAAUAAUUGAAACGUUGAAAAAAUGUAGGCAAUACACGCGUUUGUACGGGACAAUAUUGCCAAAUUGAUGGUUUGAUAAUAUUGAACCCUUGGUGCUCAAGUUUGGGCCAAACUUAAGAAAUGUUAUGUUACUGGUGGCGCCUUAAUUGCACUGCCGUUCCUUUUCUAAAAAUAUCUUGAAUGCCAUACGUAUUUUAAAAAUUAUGAUCAAAUCUAAUUAAUUUCGUCACAAUUAAUGUAAAAAAAUAUAUUUUAUUUUAAAUUAUGAGGGUUUAAGAUACCUAUUUAAUUGUUUCCUAUACCUUUUAACAGUGAUGCCACAAGUAAACAGCAGUUGUUAUGUAUCACGUUUUUAAAUUACAAUUGGCCUAAGAAUAUAAAGCGGAAUCCAGCACCGGUAUCAUGGUCGCGUUUUUGUCACCUGUCAUAUAAUGCGUCACUUUCGCACUUACGUACUUCUUAGAGCGUGAGAGGCAUGGUGACAAAUGAUAGACAGCCGUCCAUCUUAGCCCAGCAGGGGACUUGUACAGGUACCUAUUGUUGUAUCAUUAUAGCAAAUUUCAACACUGACCGCCACUGUCGGCUAUAGAUAGCCGACAAAGUUACAGCGUAAAAUCAACCUUAAUAAAUUCCAAUAAAGUUUACUGUUGCGUGUGAUAUGAAAUAGUUGUGGUGGUCAAAAGGAAGUAAUGGAAUUGUUGUAUACCAAAAUAACAUCAAUAAAAUAUAAUAAUAUACUCAUCAUCAUUAUAAUAUUUCUAUAUAUUAAAACUAUUGGUGUUAUUCAGUAUAUGUUGUACAUCAAUGUCCUAUGGGGUAUAUUGUUACUUACUAAUGUUAUGAUCCGAAUUUUGGAUAUAGUAUUAAUAAAAACAUAUAAAAAUGUGACUAUAAUCCGAAUUUUGGAUAUUCUAUAAGUAAAUGUCUUAACAUUUAUUGGAACAUGUUGUACCUACAUCGGUGUUUGGAAUAAUCAAUGAAUGUGAUUCUGAUCAAUUUUGAGCUUUAUUAUAUACGUUGUAAAGUUGGUUUUAGAAAUCGAUGUAAGAAGUCCAAUAUUCGAUCCAUCCUCAUGUUUUUUUAGUAUCGACAAUAUCUUUAUGUAGAAAUAUUAUGAAUCAUUUCUUACUAAAUUUAUCUUACCUUUAGUAUGACAAUUUAGAGUCAUAUCAAACCUAGGACACCCACACAUGCUUUAAUAUGCGGACAUUCUAUUAACCAUACUUUGAAGAACUUCUAAGACUUAAAGAAGUCUAGAGAUACCUAGACUCAAGAUACCUAGAAUUAAAUUUUCACAUUAUAUAUCGAUCAAAAGUUCUAAAUUUUCAUUAUCUCAAUGUCCUACUGUAAUAAAUGUACUAAUAUGUAUAGUAGAUACUAGAAAUACUUCCGAAUAAAACAUCAUAUUCUUUUACAAAUAUUAAAAUUCUGUUAAGUUAGUCUACCUACUUGUUAACAUAUUAGUGCAUAUUUUAUUGUUAGAUGAUAUGUUUAAGAUUGUUUUUAAUUAUAUAUAUUUUUUAAGGUUUUUUUUUACCUACAAUAUUUGAAUCAGUGUAUAAUAUGUGGGCAUAUUUAAUGUAGUAACGAUUAAUUAUUAUUGUUUUUUCUUUUAUUUUUAUUAGGAUUCAUUUUAUACUGUUAUUUAUUCGUUUUACCGAGUAGUGGAUGAUUUUCUAUAGAAAUUACAGUCACAGAUAAAAUAUUUUAUUGGGAUAUGGUAUCAAUAUUUCUUUCCUGUCUUACAAAUUUCUAAUUCCGAAGUAUUUCGCCUUGAAUGUACCAAUCGUAGUGAACUUUGCUAAAUGUCUUUACAGUUUACAUCAUCGUCCUAUUAUUCAAUAGAUUUAGUUAUAGUAGCUGCUAAUAUUUACACGCCUAUAUUUAUUGAAAUUUAUAUAUUAUAGUAAAGAAUACUUAUACAUUCUUUCUGUCUAUUUAAGUACGUGCCAAUACGUACAAAAAAAAACUAAAUUUUUUGAGGAAAUCUUUCAUCAUUGUGUGAAAAAACAUAGGUUUUUGAAUAAAUUCAUAAUACCGUACAUUAAAGUAAACAGUUGAGUAAAAUACUAUAAAAACUAUAGGUACUUGAACCUAAAACUUCAAAUUAUAUUCAUGUCAGAGCUUAAGUGACACCUAAAAAGGCGAAGGUUUUUUUGGUCAUACUAAUGAAUAACAAUCAUUAAGAUUAUAAAACUCAGGUUAGGGAAUAUGUUUAACAGUGUUAGUAACCAAGUGUAUUUUCUAGUGAAAUAUUAUUAUUCUACUAGAAAAUAUACUUGGCUACUGUGGGUAUAUCACUGAUUCUUGUUUUAGUAAAAUACCACCAUAUUUAACUUGUGCAGUUUUUUAGAAGUAGAGCACGGAAAUGCAAUAUUUAUUUUAGAAAUAUAUUUUCACGUACAGGCGACCUCAGAGCUCCCUCUACACAUUCAAUAAAAAACAAAAAUUCAUUUUUAUACUAUUUUCUUUUCAUAUUACCUACCUACCUAGUAGCUGCGUCUAAAAGUAAGUUAGUUAAUUUGAAAAGGAAGGAGUUUUUAUUUAUGUACAUUUAUUAUUAUAAUAUUAUCCCAUGAACUUUGAGUUUAAUAGUUAGUCGAAUUAUGUGGUCGACUGUAGGUUCACAUUGUACCUAAUUAGGGUUAACUAUGCUUAUUUCAACUCCUCCAAUGAUUCGCCCUUCAACCUCAAUAUAAGUGGUGAGUUGGUGACUUUCCUAUAAAAAUAAAGGCCAAUGUCUUUAAUCAUAUGAACGCCAAGAACCCUUAACCUUUUGGACGCCAAUGACCGAUAUAUACGUACCGUAGGUUCAACGCCAAAGACUGAUUAAUCGGUCAUAGACCACAGAGCAACAUAGACCUACAUGCAUAUGCAUAAAGUUCAAUUUCAGUUUUGACACUUCGGUGACAUGGCGUCUGGAUGACAGCUUUUGUGUUUGACACGGCGUCGAAAAGGUUAAAAGCGACGUAAGUAGCCGUGCCCGUGGCGCCAAGAACUGUAAGUUUUAUGGCAUACUUUGUCAAAGUAACCUUAGUUUCCUGUAUUUGCUAGCUUAUGCCAGAUACCUAUUGGCGUGUGCAUGACGUUCUUGAGUUUGACAGUCGGCAUUCAAUAGGUUAAAGGGCUAACUAUUGGGCAGUUUACCCUAGUAUAGUAUGAAUUUUCUCAAAUGAUUUUUACGCCUAAGACCCUAAUCUAUUAAACAAAAGCCAUUGUUUCUUUUGUUUAACAGUUUAGGGUCUUAGACGAAAAAAUCAUUUGAUAAGAUUCAUACUAUAGUUUAUAUUACUUUUAAAAUUUAGCUGGGACACAGGUAGAACUAAAUUUAUUUCGAUAAGUAAUGACAAAAUUGAAGACUUGUGCUGGUUGUCACGAAUAUUGCUCACUAACGGAUCAAAUAGACCUGUCAAUCUUGAAAUCAAUCAAUAAAGACAUUUUACAUUA